AUGCCUCCAAGGCUCCUGUCCUGUUGGACAGAGUUCUUGAACCCCAUUACCUAUAUUAAUAAGCUAUUAACAGCAUCUAACAUCGCUAACCCAGCUACAGCUGCGCCGGCCGGAAUAAGCGAUGCUUCGACCAACAAAUCGUAUGCAGCUCUAUCAGCCUCUAGUGGCGUCCCGCAAUCCACCUUGUGGCACCGUGCCCACGCUCGGCGAUCUCGGAAAGCCAAAGCAGCGAGUCAGCAGUACCUCACACCACAGGAGGAAAAGGCUCUUGUGGACUAUCUACUGCGGGCGUGUAAGAAUGGAUAUCCAUUACCGAUCAAAUAUGUCCGCCCUCUCGCACAUGUGAUUGCGCGUCAGCGAUGCCAGCGUUCCUCAAUCGGUCAGACCCUUGCAAAUGGUGAAGAUGUUCGACCUCCAGGCAAGAAUUGGCCGCAGGCCUUCCAUAAGCGUCACCCAGAGAUCAAGGCAAUAAGAAGCAAGGCGCUCGAUUCAAAUCGACAUGACCAUCAUAUCUAUCAUAAGGUGGAGGACUGGUUUAAGCUGAUCGGAGAGCAGCUGAGGAACCCGGACAUUCUUCCUGAGAAUGUGUACAAUAUGGAUGAGACAGGCGUCCUUUUGAGUGUUCUAAGCACACUGAAGGUUCUCGUAAGCAGCGACAAGCCCCAGCCGCACCGGAAAGCAGGGGUAAAGCGCACUCUAGUUACAGCGAUCGAAUGUAUCUCUGCCGAUGGAGUAUUUGGGCCGUUAAAGGCUGCGUACCGCGAGCAAGUCGAGAAGUUGUACCGUGGUGGUGCCAACAUAGUUGGGAAAUGCCACUUCACCCAGCUCUAUGCAGAGGCGCGAGGGAAGGUCAUGAAGAAACAAAUUAUCGAGGCUGCCUGGUCGAGGAGAAAUGAUACGAACACCAACCACAUCUCAAGAGCUAGCUCUUCUGCGGCAGAAAUUGACCAGGCCCGAGACUCGUCUGGAGGUCCCGGCAAAAUAUAUCUUGAGAAAUUAGCUAAUGCUGCUGAAAAGGCAUUUGCUGCAUCUGCCCUUCUCUUAGAUCAGAAUGAACAGUUGCAUCAGCAGAACAACGAAAAGAAACGUCGACAAUUAGCUCGAUCUACCGUGGUUGGUGAUGCAAAGAUUCUCAGCGACGAGGCUAUCCUUGAGGCAGAAAAGAAACGUGAGGAAAAAAAGGCCAAAGUGGCUGAUCAAAUUCCACACCGCUCGAAUCGACAAAUCCUGUCAUCUCCAGCUACUUGA